CAGAGAAAAGAAAAAUCCCAAUUUAGGCAAUAGUUGAACAUAGUUACAAACGCGCGUGCAUGUAAUAUUGAACCCAAAGGAUUAAAAUUUAGAAUGCAGAUCUUUUAAACUUUCUUUCUGUGGAACUCUCGGGCCAGACACAAGGGGGGAACGGAACUUUACUUUUUCAAAGGAAUAUGUAGACUACGGAAAUUUGUGAUAGAAAGAAGAACAAACAAAUGGAUGAGUGCGCUUGGGUCUGUCUAUUUUCCCCCUCAAUAAGAUAAACCCAACAUAUUGUCAUGACAGAGCCUGUAGAAAAAGAUCCUGUAAAGGAAACAGAUGAGGAAGAUGAAAGACGAGGCAGUAACGUCUCCAUGGAUUCCUCCUCUUCCAGCAGUAAAUUACGACCCUCCCUCAGGGGUAGUGCCAAAUUCAAACGGGUCUCCUCUGCUGCUAACAGCAGUAGUUCUAUGGAGGACAAAAUGCUGGCAUUGAAUGCCUUGCUGUCAGACAGUUUACUUAUUACUGAGUUUCGAAAUGGUGAAGGCAGCAGACACAGCAAAUCGGACGCAGACGAUGACGAUACGUUGAAAGAUGAGUUUGGAGAUGACGUCAGUGAUGACGACUUUGAUGAACUUCCGGAAGAUGGGCGAGUCUCCAAAGAUGACUAUGACACAGAUCUGGAUAUGGACUAUGAUGAAUGGAUUAAUGAGGAAAAAAGAGAAAUCGAGAAUGACAAAACAGGAGAAAAGAAAUACCUUCACAUUUGUGAGGAGACAGGAGUCAUUCCUGCGUCUUAUUUCCUCAAUAAUAUUCAGGAGAAGGAAUUUACCAUGAAGUAUCACGGACUGGGUCCCAAUGGUGCUAAGGCCAUAGCCUGGCCUCUAAAGACAAAUAAAAAGAUAGAGAAAAUUAACCUUGAAGGCAAUUGGAUUGAAGCUGAGGGAUCCAUAUACCUGGCAAAAAUGUUGAAAAACAAUAUUUAUGUAACAGAAUUGCACUUAGCUGAGAAUAGAAUAGGCAAUGAGGGAGCAGAGGCAAUAAGUGAUAUGCUGCAUAAAAACGACAUGAUAUAUUCCCUUGAUCUCUCGGGGAAUAAUAUCGAGGACUAUGGUGCUGAAAAAAUAUGUAGAAUGCUAUUGAAAAAUUCCUCGAUCAAACACUUGUACCUUGCCAAUAAUAACUUUGAGGAAAGGGCAGCAGGUUGGCUUCGAGAGGUGCUGAUCACCAAUGAAACAUUGGAAACUGUAGAUCUCAGCUGGAAUCACAUUAGAACCCGAGGGGCCAUCGCUAUAGCUGAGGGGGUGCAGGAAAACUAUGGUCUAAGGGUACUGAAUCUAGCUAUGAAUGGCUUUGCACAAGACGGAAGUGAGGCAAUGGGUAAAGCGUUGAAAAAUAACCGGACUUUACUGGAGCUGGAUCUCAGUCAUAACCGGAUCCCGGAGGCCGGGGCUGCCGCCAUCAGUCAGGGUUUACAACAUAACGACACCCUCAAGGUUCUCAGGAUGGCUUCCAAUCCUUUGGGAGGUGAUGGCCCUCUUCAACUUCUGAAUGUCAUUUCUAACAAUGAUAUGAGUGAGAUCCGUGUUUUAGAUCUAACCGAUGUCCUGGUUACACCAGCUUUUAAGGAGUUACAACAAACUUUAGAAAAAGAACGAAUCCUGACUGUUUAUUAUGGUAACAUUGUGGGUGAAGUGUUCGACUUCAGCUCAAUUCGAUAUGAUCCAUUCUGCGAAUUCCGUCGCGAUCCCAUGUCGUUACUCAUUGAAUACUGCAAAGAUGCUGGAUACAGACUACUGGACCUUUUCAAUGAUUUCGAUAGGGAUGGGAACCACUUAAUCUCUAAAGAAGAAUUUAUCAUGGGGAUCAAAAAAGCUGGAGUUAAGAUCAGUAUUCGACAACUAGAAAUCUUAAUGGAGGGAUUGGAUAUAAACAAAGAUGGAUCCAUCGAGUACAGUGAACUGGUCAUCGGAGAAAAGGAGUACACAAAAAAGAAAAUAAAGCUGGCUGCAGAAGCAAAGAAAUUAGGAAGAAAUGUAUCUGGCACACAACUUAUUGACGAGGACUAUCUAAAGAGAAUGAUUGACGAAAAUUAUGCAUGAUUAGACAUAGAAUUAUCUUCUUCUGGGAAGAACAUUAAAGAAAAAAAAUAAUCAUAUUUCAAAUAUAUUAUAUUUUGUUGAACUUGACAAACAUGACUCAGUGAAUGUCACAUAAAUAAAUAUUGUUGCACCUCUUA